AUGUCAUCAUGGUGUCUUGCUAGUGAAAAUAAAAUUCGUGGCAAGAACCAGAGAUCUAUGGCAUUGUGGGCAGAAGUAAAGAAGUUGUAUGACGAAGCUCAGGCAGAAAAUCUAGAAAAGCUUGGUGUAAGGAAUGUAGAACAAAUGAAAGGUCGUUAUAAACGGCUUAACGAAAGUGUCCAAAAGUGGGUUGGUGCAUAUCGGGAAGCAUAUCGUCGCGUAAAAAGCGGAAUGAGCCAGAGAGAUAUUGAAGGUGAAGCUCAUAAAAUUUAUGAGCAUGAAGCUAAAAGCAAGUUCACUGAUUCUGUGGUUUUUAAUGAAGUUAUGUGUAAACACCCGAAGUGGGAGCUACAAAUACAUCGCGACACAACACGUUCUCGACCAGAAUGUGAAAUGGAGGAAGUAGAAAGUGGAGGCAGUACGAAAAGAUCAAGAACUACUAAAGAAGGGAACUAUUCCAAGCCAGAAACACCAAAUAGUGGUGGUUCCACAAUUCAACGUCCAACAGGUAGAGAUGCAGCUAAAAAAAGGGUAAAGGUAAGAGACACUGAGAAUGAACUUUUUAAAAGAAAACUCGACCUGGAGCAAGAAAAACUACGUCAAAAGGAUGAAAGAGACACGAAGAAAAUGCAACUUCUGCAUCUUAACACUCUUUUAGCAAAGGACCAUUUGGCGCCUCAAGAUGAAGACAUGAAAAACUUUCUGAUGUUGAAGUUUUAUGGAAAAUGA